AUGAUGGGAAAAUUCAGUGAUGACAAACACAUGACAUCUGCUUCUUAUAUAAAGUCAAGCCAGCUUGAAAACCGUCCAUUUCAUUUAACCGGGUUACCGAUAUUGACAGGUUCAAACAUGACUGCCUUCCUGGCCUACGGUUUAGUGAUGUGCUUAGUGGCGUUUACUAGUAUACCAGUAACCGUGCAAGGUUCUGAAAAUGACAAAUCGUUCUAUGACUGCAAGGUCUACUCCAAAGAAGAGGACAGACCUACAGAGAAGACAGAGUGUGUACACGAUUACCAAGACGGGCUGUAUUACUGCAAGACCUGGGAGUGUGAGGUCCCGAGCUGUCCCCGGGAGGAACAGGUCGAUCAGGAGGGCGAACCCUGCCCCUUAUGUCCAGGUACAUGUACGACCGGAGGUAAAAUUUACUCCGUGGGAGAGACGGUUCCCUGUAAUGACCGGGUGAACAGCUGUGGAUGUAUCAGCACCGGACAGGGGUUCUCUACAUUAAUUGCGACCAACAAGUACAGUCUUUGUGGAGCUCCCUUUCCUACAGAAUAAAUUAUGCUGUCAUAACUAUAUCCUGAUAGAAACUGAUUAAAAAGUACUCACAUUUUG